AUAAACAAUUAUGUUUUUUUUUUAAAGAAUAAGAAGAUAUGUCAACAACGUAUGAAUUAAUUACUGAGUUUAACAAACUCAAGAAUGAAAAUGAAAUACUCAAAAACACUUCUCUGGAAUACGAAGAGUUUAAAAAAUCAAUGGUUGUAUGCUUUAAAGAAAAAGACGAACUGAUAUUAAAAUACAGCAAUUACAAGAAUGAUAUCCUGAAGAAACUAGAGAAAACAAAAAAUCAAUUGGAUACGAAGACGGGAGUUAUUAAACUAAUUAUGAAAGAAUUUAAGUUACUAAAGGCGGAAAACAAAAAUUUAAAGGAAAAGUUGACUAAAAACGGACAAAAAUUAAAUGAGCUGGAACACAACGAUACUAUACUGAUUGCAGAGCCCGAAGAUUCUCAUAAGGAUCUUAUAGGUGAAAUAAACACUUCAUAUCUUGACAACACAGAGAAGGAAAAUCUUCCAGAAGCUGCAAAAAAUGAAACAGUUUUCAAGACCAUCAAACAACAUAAUCAUUCGUAUACCUGCGAUGUAUGCAACAAAAAAUACAAGAGUAGAAAAUUGAUUAAUCAACAUAUAUAUAAGAUGCAUUCUCAAAAGAUACACUAUAAGUGUAAAUUCUGCUCGAAGGAGAUGAGUAACUCAUACAAUUACAGAAAGCACUUGUAUCAGCAUCUAGAAAUAGAUAAUUCAAAAGUACCGGACAUCAAAUUUGAUCUAAGUACAAAUAGUCUUCAAUACACCUGUCCAAGUUGUUCAAUGCAAACGAAAACUCUAUACACAUAUCGAAGGCACAUAUAUAAAUUCCACACUGACUUAAAGAAUGACCCAAUUCAGCAAAAGAUCUUCAACCCAAAAUUUAAAGAAAAAUAUUCUUCACAUACCUGCGACGUAUGUAAUAAAACUUUCAAAAAAAAAAGUGGGAUUCAGAGACAUUUGACAGAAGUACACUUUCCUGAAACAUUCACGUGCACAAUCUGCCAAAAGGGUAUAAAAUCUAUCCGCAGAUUUCGCGCUCAUUUAUAUAAAAUCCAUAACCAACAUAAAGGAGAAAUGGGGCCGAGUGUCGAGCCUCUCGUGAUAAGUUUGUGAGGUUCUUCACUCGGCGUGAUCGCUAGAGAGAUUGGUCAGCAACCUGGAUCGGAGCAGUAUUGCGAAACAAACGUAUUAUUUAAAUAAAUGACACGGAAAUUC